AGCUGCACGGAAAAAUUAAAUUAAUAUUUAAGCGAAGUAUUACUGCUGAAAAUGCACACAAGACUUUCACCGCCAAAUUAAAAACAACGAACAUGGGAGCGGUUAAUAUUGUGCCGCUGCUGCUUUUGUAUUACUUUGGCUGUGCUAUUGCUGUUGCACUGCAAGCUUUGGCGCCACCGGAGUUGCCAUCCGCCCGUAUUGUCGGUGGUAAGAAUGCGGCCGAAGAUCAAUUUCCUCAUCAAGUGUCGUUGCAAGUUGCAGGCCAGCACUACUGCGGAGGCUCAAUCAUAUCUGCCAACUAUGUGGUAACAGCGGCGCACUGUGUGAUCGGCGAUCAAGGGCAGACGCUACCAGCUUCAAUGUUAACGUUACGCGCUGGCUCCACGCAGAUCCACUCGGGCGGUGUGCUCGUACGUAUCGCAAAAAUUAUUAUCCAUCCACUGUAUGUCAGCAACAUAAAUGACAUUGCACUGCUGCGCUUAAGUACACCGCUCACAUUCAGCAAAAGCAUUAAAGCAAUACCAUUAGCAAUCUCCAAUCCACCUACUGGUGCCUCAGUCAUUGUAUCGGGUUGGGGUAAUCUGCGUCAGAAUGGAGCUCAACCCACACAUCUCCAAUAUACGACAUUGCGCACGAUAAGUACACUUCAGUGCCGACGGCAAAUUGCUUAUGUACCAACCUCAGUCAUCUGUUUGGCUCAUACCUCUGGAAAUGGUAUCUGCUAUGGUGAUUCUGGUGGACCAGCUAUCUAUAAGGGUAAAUUAAUUGGUGUGGCAAACUUCAUUAUAAGAGAAUGUGGAUUGAGUUUUCCGGAUGGUUAUGCCAAGAUUUCAUUCUUCCGCAGCUGGUUGCGAGAGAACACAGAUUUGUAGUGUGAAUUUAAUAGGUGAUAAGUAAAUGUAAAGCGCAAUGUACCUAGGUAUGCAAUUAAUUUUUUACUAAGUUGACAACAAAAAAUACACUAUAGUAGAUAAAAAAAAU